AUAUGACGCACGUACAAGUGACAUAUCAUUUUUGACACAUUAGUAGUUUUGUUUAAGCGAUUCUGCUAUUUACCAAACACAAUGAACAAUUAUUCUCUGUCAUUUUAUGUUUAAUAAACAAACUACUUCUUAGAACCUGGAGAACGCAAGGGAACGUUACUUUUUACACUGUUUAGUCGUGUCUUUAAUUAGAAGUGAAAUUUUAUAAAAAUGAAAGGGACAUUAAAAGUUCUUUUGUGGAAGCACUUGAUCGUACGAAUUAGAAGAUUUAUACACACCCCGAUCGAAAUAAUAUCACCAGUUAUAUUAUUCAUAGCACUAUUUUCUUUUAAAGAAUACUUACUGGUACCGAGUACAAGAUAUCACGAUGAAUUUAAUAUCAAACAAAACGAUCCAGUCGAGUUAAACUCCAUCAUUGGUCCUAGUUCCAUAUUCUACACACCGGAAACAAACCUCACAAGUCUGCUGAUGAGCAGAGUUGAAGACAGUUUGGCUUAUCAAGAAAAAUACACAAAUGCUAUCAGAAAACCAAAAAUUACACCAGCUCUGAAUGAAGCGGAGCUACAGAAAUUCUCAAAAGAAGUGUGGGAUGAUUUCGCAUUUAUAAUAUUUCAGAACGUGAACGUGACGUCAGAAACGUGGCCAGAGAAAUUAAAAUACACAAUUCGGAUGUUAAAAGAUUUUAAAACAUAUUCUUUUCGCUCGAGCAGCGAUAUGCUCGGCCCACAUGAGUAUUUUGGUACAAUUUACGAGCCAUUUAUGAAACUUCAAUGGGCCAUCGAUCGAAACUAUUUGGAACUAUUAACUGGCAACACAAUAACACAGCGUGUAUACUUACAAGAGUUUCCGUAUGUGAGGACAAAAGAAAAUCAAAUGGCGAACCAAAUCAGUACCCUGCUGAAAAUUCUCUGCUAUUUGUCACUGUUGCUGGUCUUCGUAUUUCUAAUGGCACGUUUACUGGAAGAAAGAAUCUCUGGUAUACAGGAACUGAUCAAGAUGGUGGGUGUAUCAAACAACGCCCUCGGCAUAAGUCACGUAUUGAACGUAGUACCGGCCGGUCUCGUGUACGGCGUCGUGACCACAGUUCUCGUCACCGUCAGCUCUCAACCAAUUUUGCCCAACACCAACCCACUGCUCAUUUUUAUCAUGCUGGUGCUUCAUUAUAUAACGGUUAUCGCCUUGGCCUUCUGCAGCAGCUAUAUUGUCAAUAACACCCAAUACACGGAGACCCUAGCAGUUCUAGCCUAUGUUCUGCUGUACUUACCUGGACAUCUGGUGCAAAGUCGUGAGCUACCGCGCUGGACAUUGCCCCUGUGUGGACUUCUACCUCACGUACCCAUGCACUGGUUCUGGGAUGAAGUGGCUGCUCUACAGCAAUAUGGCAUGGGUCUCUCAUUUUUCUACGUCACGAGCAGCCACACCCGCAGCAGUGGCUCAGUGUUGGCCUGUUACUUAUGUUUGAUGGUACAAGCUUUCUUGUUCUUCGGCCUCGCUUGGUACCUGGCGAAGGUUAGACCGGGGCCGUACGGUCAGGCGUUACCUUGGAAAUUCCUCUUUCAAAAGAAGUAUUGGAGCAAGAAAAGAGUGACGCCAGAUGAAUACGAAGAGUUAGAAGAUCUCAAGAAGACAACCGAGGACCCGCAGUAUUUUGAGGCGGCGCCCAAAAAUAUGGAAGUUGGAAUUAAGAUUGUAAACGUUUCCAAAGUAUUUGCAAAUCAACGCGCCCUCUCCGAAGUUACCCUAGAUGUGUAUAAAGGGGAAAUCACUGUACUGCUCGGUCACAACGGCGCCGGAAAAACAACUCUUAUGUCGAUUAUAACUGGUAUGCUGAAAGCCACUGAAGGUAACGUGUAUGUAGAAGGUUUGGAAACUGUGACGCAAAAGGACGAAAUGCAUAAGAUACUUGGAUUAUGUCCUCAACACAACUUAUUCUUCCCCGAUCUUACUGUCUCGGAGCACGUCAUGUUCUUCACUAUGCUGAAAGGCGUUUCCUACACGGAAGCAACAAAGUCAUCACGAGCUCUUCUCGAACAACUGGGAUUGGCCGAUAGGUCGUCCUACCAAAGCAGGCAACUGUCAGGUGGUAUGAAGCGCAGACUACAACUGGCCUGCGCACUGGCUGGAGACGCCAAAGUGCUGGUGCUCGAUGAACCCACUUCUGGUCUGGACGUGGAGACCAGGAGAGGACUGUGGGAUCUUCUGCUCUCGCUCCGCGGCUCUCGCACAGUGCUACUGAGCACGCACUUCAUGGAGGAGGCGGAAGCGCUCGGAGACCGCGUAGCAGCACUGCACGCCGGCCGCCUGCGCUGCCACGCGACCACCAUGCACCUCAAGCGCGCGCUCGGAACUGGUUACCGUCUCUCUUUCACUACAAUCGGACUCCCGGACGAGCCAGCCAUUACCGCUGUCAUCACCUCGAAGAUACCGGAAGCCACAGUCAAGGAGACCUCUCUCAACUCCAUCUCAUACAACCUCCCCUCUAAGAGCAGUGACAAAUUUCCUUCACUCUUUAGCAUAUUGGAGUCUAAAAGAUCAGAAUUAGGAAUCAAUUCUAUCGGUGUAGGAAUUUCGACGCUAGAAGAAGUGUUUUUAAAGCUGUGCAGUGACGUCACUACUGAAUUUUCUGAAGAUGCAGUCGAUGGUGAUAGUAUAGAACCGACCUUCAAAUUGAUGACUGGCCCGCGUCUCUACUUCAAUCAGCUAUCCAUACUUAUUAUGAGACAGUUGAAAUAUCUCUGGUCGAAAAAGAUAUCUUUCCUAAUUAUUCAAGUAGUUAUACCUAUUUUAUGUAUUUUUGGUAUAACGCUACUUACCAACAAUGAUUUCAUAUCGACGGAUAAUACUCGAGAUGAUACAAAAAUAUCCUUAGAUCUGGGUGUUUACGAUAAAAUGGACAAACGCAGAGUAUUUUACAGCGUCAGUGAAGACAGUUUGAAGACCAUCAGAGAUAGAAAUCCAAAAGUUGACUUUGAAACUACACCAGACGUUUAUGGUGCGGUUCUUCGCACCGGUAAAAAUGACAUCAUCGAAUAUAAUAAGUACCUAUUUGGAAUUGAACUUAACAAAACUGAUGCCACGAUAUUAUAUACAACAGUGGUUCGUCACGCUGCGCCAGUGGCACUGAAUUUACUGACCAAUAUGAUUGCAACUCAGUUGCUACCUUAUGCAGAUGGUCAAACUAUCACUACCUAUAACCAUCCGAUCGACAAUUCUUUGGACUCCCAACCAAACAAAGAAGAAGUUAAACAUAUGUUUGCUGCUGCAUUGUGGGCUGUUUUCGUGGCAUUCGAGGUUAUGAUGGAGAUUGGCAUCCCAACAAAGCUCGUGCGCCUGACGGAGAUGACUCUUAGAAACUCUCAGAGCGUUGUCAGAGUUCAAACAAAUGUAUCAGAACCCUUCAGAACCAAUGACGGCUUAAGACAAGGGGAUGCGCUCUCGUGCCUACUAUUUAACAUCGCUCUUGACAAGUCUAUUCACGACUCAAAGAUCGAGACCAAAGGCACUAUCUACCACAAAUCCGUUCAAAUUCUAGGGUAUGCAGAUGACCUCGAUGUGCUGAGCAAAAAAGACGAAAAUUCCUUGUUGGUAUUUGAACGGAAAAUACUAAGACGCAUUUUCGGUGCUGUGAUGAAAAAUGAGGGACGGCGAACGCGUUAUAACCACGAGCUAUACCAAAUGUACGAUGAGCCAAAUGUAAUUAAGACCAUAAAGAUCGGACGCCUGCGUUGGGCAGGGCACGUGUUACGAAUGGACAACGCCAGAGUACCCAAGCGCUUUUUAGAAGGCCGACCGGAGGGCCGCAGAAGUCGAGGCAGGCCCAAGCUCAGAUGGUUGGACGGCGUCGAGCAAGAUAUCAAGAUCUUGGGAGCAACAAGUUGGAGAGAGAAAGCCUCUAAAAGAUCGGACUGGAGAGCUUUGCUGGACCAGGCUAAGGUUUACCAAAUUUUUCUGCUCACAGUGAUUCUAACAACUGUCGUAAACGCGGUGUCGCUGCCGUGCAAGGAGCGCGCGAGCGGCACGCGCCACACGCACGUGCUGUCGGGCUGCGCGCCCGCGCUGCACUGGGCCGCGACACUACUGACGCACGCGCUUAUAUACGCGCUCGUGCUCGUGCUGCCCGCCGUCGUCAUCUGCGUGGCCUUCGAGCGGGACCACACCAUCGACCGACCCGACUUCCUCGGUGCUAUGGCCAUGACACUGAUGCUAGGAAUACUUGCGUUCCUAGCGCUGGUCUACAUCGUCAGUUUCAACUUAGGGGAACGCGGUUCUAGCAUCCUACUCGUCGCUAUGGUGUUCAUAUUCGGUCUGUUCACACCCACUAUAAAGUCGGUGUCGGACGCCUUCGAAGACGAGCACAAGGACUUCGGCGACUAUGUGCUGUCGGCGCUGAGCUACUCGCUGGCGCCGCACACUAUUAUUUCCUUUUCAGUUGCACUUUCAGCAAAUCUCACAGAACCAUUGAACUACUUCAGUAUAAGCGAUAAGACUCCCGGUGGACUCAUGAUUGUGCUGUUCGUACAGUUUGUAAUCUACAUGGCCAUAGUGAUUCUAACCCAGUACGGUGUGUUCAACAUGCUGUUCGACCGCGCUCUGAACAUGAGGUACCGCCCCACGUCACACGUCGACCCGGAUGAGAUGGUUCGCGCCGAAAGAACUUACGUCGAGAAAGCUAUAGCGCUGCCAAAAAAGCAGAUCCAGGACGCGAUGCUUGUUAACGACCUUCACAAGAAAUAUUGGCGCAUAUUCGGCAAGCCGUGCAACGCAGUUCAAGGCGUCAGCUUCUCAGUUAAAAAGGGUGAAUGUUUCGGGCUGCUGGGCGUCAACGGCGCGGGCAAGUCCAGCACGUUCAAGAUGAUGACGGGCAUCGAGUGGCCCACGCGGGGCUCUCUGUUCGCUAACGGACACUUCAUGUCCAGAUUCUCGAGUGAUUAUAUGCAGUCGCUCGGAUACUGCCCUCAGUUCUCCGGGCUCGACGGGUUCCUCACGGGCUAUGACAACUUGAAGCUGCUCUUGACCUUACGAGGACUAAACGCCGCAGACGUCGAGAGCGAAAUCAAAGCUUGGAUCGAGACCGUCGGUUUGGAGCAGUACGCACGGCGCGCGGUGUCGGGCUACUCGGGCGGCUGCGCGCGUCGGCUGGCGGCGGCGGCGGCGCUGAGUCGCGGGGGGGCGGUGACGCUGCUGGACGAGCCCACCGCCGGGGUGGACGUGGCCGCGCGCCGCAGGGUGUGGGCCGCGCUGAGGCGCGCCCAGCCGCACCGCGCCGUGGUGGUCACCUCGCACAGUAUGGACGAGAUGGAGGCGCUGUGCGGGCGGAUCGCCAUCAUGGCGGGCGGGCGGGUGCGUGCGCUGGGCGAGCCGGCGGAGCUGCGCGCGGCGCACGCGGCGGGACACGCCGUGCUCAUCAAGCUCACCACCCCUGCAGCUACUGAUGUGACUGAUAGUUCUAAAUCCGAAGUAAACCGUUUGAAAGCAGCUCUGCAACAAGCGUUUAACUGCACCCUACGAGAUGAACAUAAGACGAUGUUGCACUACCACAUCGAGUCCCCGCUGCGCUACAGCGAGCUGUUCUCGGAGCUGGAGCGCCUCAAGGGCGAGUUCGCGCUGUUCGAGGACUACUCGCUGACGGAGACCACGCUCGAGGAAGUGUUCUUGUCUCUGGCGCGGGAGGACGGGCCCGCACCCGUCUAGACCAUGCACGUGUUAUAUUUAACUUUAAAACACUUUAAUUAUUUAAAUAACCUUUAAAUAAAAUUUGAAGGUCAAUCAGUUAAAAUGUCAUAUGCCGUGUCUAUGGCACUAAACGACUAUAUGUCUAAUAAUUUGUGUGCUAAAAAUAAAAAAUAUGUGUUGCACAAGGAAUCAGUAUUAAGCAUUCCAUUUAAACAUAUUUUCCAUAUAAAAAAUAUUUAUUAUCAAAGAAAUUCAUCCACCAUUUUUAAUUGUAUAGGUCUACUUAAUAUGAUGGUAACUUAAGUACUUUUAUGGAAAUGUGAUAUUUACAAGUUAUUAAGUAUAUUACGGUCUUAUAACUUUUGUAAAGUAUAUAAACAUUAUUCCGAAUUCGAGGCAAAAUUGGAAAUGCUCUGUCAAUUUUCGAAAUCUCAUUUUAAAAGCAUUAGCUUAACGUAUAGUCUCUCUAUAGUUUUAAAACGCGAACGAAUUAUUUGGUAAACUCUGUCCAAUUAAGAUACAAUAUGUCUCAUGUGCUCAAUUUCAAGAAGACAGCUACUCUUUUAUUCAGAUAAAAUACCGAUAAGUCAGAUAAAUACAUUUUAGUCAUACAUAUAAGAUUUGUAACUAUAUGAUUUAACUGUAAACCAAAUAAAUAACGGAUUUAUUUAUUUUUUAGAACUUAUAAAGCUGUCUAUUACCUGUGUUAAUUUUUAGCAACUAUUUCUAAGUCAUAACGCUGGCGGCACCACUGAUUUCGAAAGAAACCCUGUGCCAGUUAAACUAACGCGUCUGCGAUCCGGCGUCGGUCGUGUCGUUUCGUAUUUACAAAGUAUUGUAAAAAAUAUCUACAAGAAUGAUCAAAUAAUUAUCGAGUAAAAAUAUAAGUCACAGUGUGUAUAGAAUUUUUGUGUAAUAUUUAUACCGUAUUAUAGGUAUGACUGAUUGAAUGUAAUUUUUAUGAAAAUGUAUGCACUUAUGUCUAUUGGUAAAUUUCUGUAAAUAAAACAUUUAAAGAAAUA